AUGACCUGCCUCUUCCUCCGAGCUCCGACGCUGGGACCGACGGAGCUGGAAGCCGCGCUCAUGCGGAACCUUUCCGUGCAGGGAACAGGCAGCCGGCUUCUAUCACCCGGACGUGAGAAGCGACUGGUGCUGUUCAUUGAUGACUUGCACUUGGGCUGUUCUGUGGACUCCGGCGCAAAGGGGCUAGCUGGCAGAGGCGAGCAGCGGGGCCAUGGUUCCACUCGCUUGGCGGAGUGGCUGCGCUUUGCACUCGAAGCGCAAGGAUUUUACCGAACGGAAGAUGGCCACUUCACCUCCUUCCGGGACACGUCCUUCGUUCCCAGCCUGCUGGCACCGGACUCACAGAGCUUGGAAAUUGGCAAGCGCUUUAGCCGCCACUUCUUCUUGGCCUUUAUGGAGAUCCCUUCGGAAGCUUCGAUUCAGAAGAUUUUCUCGACAAUCCUUUGUUUGAACCUGACGAAAGGAAUCCCUGAGGAGGUCAUGCAAAAAUUGACCCGAUCCUUUUGGGGCCAUCGGCUGCACUCCAACGUCGAAGUUGAUACGUCGGGGCAAAAAAUGGCGGCCCAGCUCUUGCAG